AGGAGCUUGAUCCAUACAUCAGGGGGAGACGGGGCGUGUUUGAGGUGCAUAUAUCCACUGGAGUAGCUGUUUUGCAGAGUUUUUGAAUCAUGGCGAAGAACAACAGCCUCCAUCCAAGCAGCAAUGGAGAGACGGACGACUCACCAAACAUGCUGGUUUACAGAAAGAUGGAGGAUGUGAUUGGCAGGAUGCAGGAUGAAAAAAAUGGCAUACCUAUCCGUACAGUGAAGAGUUUCCUAUCCAAGAUUCCCAGUGUCUUCUCUGGUUCAGACAUUUUGCAGUGGCUGCUGAAGAAUCUAUGUAUCGAGGAUCAAGUGGAGGCUCUUCAUCUGGGCACACUGAUGGCGGCUCACGGCUACUUCUUCCCCAUCUCUGACCAUGUGCUCACUCUUAAAGACGAUGGCACAUUCUACAGAUUUCAGACUCCGUAUUUUUGGCCCUCAAACUGCUGGGAGCCCGAGAACACUGACUACGCUGUGUACUUGUGCAAAAGAACAAUGCAGAACAAAGCACGUCUGGAACUUGCUGAUUAUGAAGCUGAGAGUUUAGCACGACUACAGCGGGCAUUCGCCAGGAAAUGGGAGUUUAUAUUUAUGCAAGCAGAGGCUCAAGCAAAAGUCGAUAAGAAAAGAGACAAAAUUGAGAGGAAAAUACUGGACAGUCAGGAGAGGGCUUUCUGGGAUGUGCACAGACCAGUGCCAGGGUGUGUGAACACAACAGAAGUGGACAUAAAGAAAUCAUCCAGAAUGAAGAACCCUCACAAAACAAGAAAGUCUGUGUACGGCCUUCAGAAUGACAUUCGCAGCCAUAGCCCCACCCACACACCCGCCCCUGAAGCCAAGCAACCAACCGAGGAAGAGCUUCGGGAACAGAUCAAGUUUUGGCAAGCACAGUUAGACAGACAUCGAUUGAAAAUGUCCAAAGUUGCAGAGAGUUUGCUGAGUUAUACUGAACAGUAUUCAGACUAUGACCCCUUCCUGUCCACUCCUGAUCCAUCCAACCCCUGGAUAUCAGAUGACACAACGCUCUGGGAGAUGGAGGCCAGUAAGGAACCCGGUCAGACUAGAGUUAGACGCUGGGGCUUUGGAAUCGACGAGGUGUUGAAAGAUCCCGUUGGGAGAGAGCAGUUCCUCAAGUUCCUGGAGUCUGAAUUUAGCUCGGAAAACCUCAGAUUCUGGCUGGCGGUGCAGGAGUUAAAGAGGAGGCCAAUCCGUGAGGUGCCAACACGGGUGCAGGAGAUCUGGGAGGAGUUUUUGGCUCCUGGAGCCCCCAGUGCCAUCAACGUUGACUCGAAGAGCUACGACAAAACCACACAGAACGUCAAAGACCCCGGACGAUACGCUUUUGAGGAUGCACAGGAACACAUCUAUAAGCUGAUGAAGAGUGACUCUUACAGCCGUUUUAUUAGAUCCAGUGCCUACCAGGAGCUUCUGCAGGCUAAGAAAAAGGGAAAAUCUCUGAUACCGAAGAGGCUGCCUGCUGUCGUCCAAUCUUGCUGAGCCUCAAACAAUCCACCAAGGAUGAGGACGCUGUCAUCUUCAUCUCUGUCGUCUGAUUGGUCCAGAUCGCAAAUACCCUGGCCUGGACAUCAGACCAAAUCACAUGCAUGUCCAAGAGACUGAAUUUUUACAUCAGUUUCUACUUGCUACUUGCUAGUUUCAGUCUUUAAGACAGUUAGAC